AUGCGUACCUUGUCUACUGACUCUGUGGAAAGUAUGCUCCUGAGGUGCAGGAACCUAGGCUUCCAACCUAGCGGUUUUCGCGAGAUUGGCCCCUUGACGGGGCUGUUCGACGGGACCCAAUCACACAGGACUCCUGGACCGCCUGGCCCUCCUCCGGUCCUUCAAGCCGGACUCAAAGCCAAGCUCUCCCAUCGACGCUCUUUACAUUGCCUGCCUCUGCUGGUCUUGAAUGUGCCGAAGUUGCCAAGUCGGCCAAGGGUCCCACCGUAA